AUAAUCUUCGAUUCUCGGAGCACAAAAUUCCUCAAGAAAAAACAAGUCGCUCAAAUGCUGCAGCUGUUCUUCGCGGUGGCGUUCUCGGUGGUGCCAUUGACCCUCUACUUGCCGCCGAUCCGAAGCCUCAACUUGUUCGUCGAUACCCUUGAGGGUGUGCUCCGCCAUAUCGCCGUGUUCACUCUCCGCACCUACCCUCGCAUUCGCCUCGGCUUGUCUCGGGUCAUCCGCUCCCUUUUCCACAUCUCUAGGUAGAUCAAUCGCCUUCCUCAUUUUAUCCUGUAUAUUUCCCCAAUUUUCUUGAUUAAUUCCCCCUCCCCACAGUUUUGUUGUUCCUGUGGAAUCUGAAUUUGUAGAGAUGGAGACGAUAGGUUUUGGUAUAUACGGAUGUAUUUCUUUUCGGGAAUAUCUGUUUCCCUUGCUCAUUCUAAUAUUGGGUUCUUCUUAAAACUCAUAAAUUUCUAUCAAUCCU